AUGGCUCACCAGUUACAGACUCAUCAAGAGAAAUACCACCAAAGCCAGCGCUUUACUGGUGAUGCAAUCUCGACAAACAUCGUCGAUGAUUCAUCCGGUCCGAUUAGCAGUAUUAACUCGGAAUGGGUGUUAUUCGACCCUUCUGAUGAUGAUAAUGACAUAUUGUCUUCUUCUUUUAGUCAGGCCUCGCAUGCAGCGUCUCAGGUAAAGUCCUCAGUUCUAACCCACACACAAGCCCCUGUGGAAGAUGAAGCAUCCGAAGAUGAUCGGUCUUUGGUGAGUAUCCUUGUUGGAUUGAGACCUAACAGUUCGCAUAUUCAGCUACGUCUUCCAAAUCACGAUGGCGUCGGGCUUUUUGAUGAGUCUGUUGUGCCAUCUCGAAAUUCUUUUGUGUCUCUCAAAGAUCGGAUUAAUGAAUGGCAACGCGAGCAAGCUAGAAGCGUUCUUGAAGAGAAGCGGCGGCAUUCUCUAGUGAAUCUUGCGUCACAUCAUAAUGAAAUUGCUGAAUCUUGGGGUAUUGAUGAUAGAGCUCAUCUUUAUUCUUCUGCUUUCAAGUCAUCACCAUUGGCACCUUCCCCAUCAACUGGCACCUUUGAAACACUUGAUCAACAUUUAAUUUCCAAAGACAGAGCUUUUAAUCUCAAAAAUUCCGUUGAUUCUAAAGUCCCUUCUCUUGUUAAUAAAGGCAGAACAAACAGAUUUUAUGGCGAUUACCUUCUCAAAGGCUUAACUGACAAACAACUCUCUAAAGUGAAGAAAUGUGCCCACGAUUUGUCUUCUUGCAUCGGGGAAAGUAUCAAUGAGGAAUCUCCGUUUACCGAUUCAAUUAUCGAAAACUCUGCGUCUACAUCAUAUAAUACUGCCUACAAUUCAUCAGGUCAUGUCAGUAAUGCAGUAAUACGUAAAAUAUUGGAAACCAUCAACUCAAAAUUUUAUGGCACAAUGACUAGGUCUGAAUCAGGAUCCUCAGUUGGUAUUUCUGAUAAUAAUAAUGUAACUGGGAAUUCUCGAGUCGGUGACAACUUUUGGCAUGAAGAUGCUCAAAGUAUCUAUUCAUCAAGGCUCAGUGUGUCAAGUCACUGUUCUUCGCUCUGGAGAGUUGAAAGCUGGGGCCAAGUCAUUUAG